CUUUUUUUAUCUCUCCAAAAGAAAUCGAAAUGUCCACGACAAGUGAAGAUGCGAUUGGUUUGAAAAAAGCCUUGGAGUUUGAUAAAUUGCAGCAACAAAUAGUUGACUUGCAAUCUAACUUCAAAGAAGUGUCUGAAAAAAAUCUAUCUUUACAAUCAGAGGCAGUUAAAUGCAAGAGUGAAUUGGAAUUUCUUAAGUCCUUAAAAGCUGCUACGGAACUCGAAAAGCAGCAAUUGGAUGACAAACUCCAACUUCUCGUCAAAAACGAGAAUGUUUUACGCCACCUUAACGCCCAAAGUUUAGAGCAGCUAAACGAAAAGCGAGAGGCUUUGAGAACAGUUCAAGACAAGCUCGCUCAUUUACAACAAGAGCUGGCCGCUAAAGACUGUGAAACGCAAGAAUUAAAAACUGGACUUCUUCGACUCAAAGAUACUAGACAUAAUUUGGAUAGGAAACUUAGUGUUACCAUAAACCAAAAAGCCCAGCUGGAAACUACUUUGCGCUCUCUUCAGCAAGACCAUGAAAAGUACAGACAUCAAAGUGUAUGUUCAACUACUUUUUUUAAAGAUAUAAAACUGACCUUCUUAUUACACAAGAUUAAAGAACGCCGGGAACUAGAAGAAAAAAUGGUAACUCUGGAAAGAGAAAAGGACACAGCUUCCGACUCUACUCGAGAAGUUUUAUUCGAAAAGCGGCAAUUGGAAGAGCAAAUGCUCACCAUCCGCAACAAACUCACAACAGCCGUUCAAGAACGAGAUAAUGCGAAAUUAAGCCUGCAGGCUACAAGUAGGUCAUAUCAAGAACUUUCCCUCUUGUAUGAAGAGCAUGUCACACAUACCCAAAAAAAGACAUCAACUUAUGAAGCUACAAUCAGCUCGAUCGCUGGCGAAAGAGAUGCUCUACAAUUAAAAAUUACCGAAUUGGAAGCUACCUUGAAACAGGAACAGGAGCUUCGUAAAGAGCAUUUUGAAAAGUUAACAGGUGCCGCCACCUCUUCAAACAACACACAAUCAGCAAGUCACUUGCUUAAUCUAAUGCGUGAUUAUGAAAAGUUGAAUCGACAUCCAGCGGAUAUUUAUGAUGAUUUCUUUCGAUUAAAGGCAAAUUAUGAAAAGGCCGUGGCAAGUUCUACUCAAGCUACCAACACUGUCGAAACGAUGACGCGCCAAUUAAACGAAAAAGAAAAUCUUUUUAACAGAUUACAUCGAGAAUUGGUUGAGUCGAAACGUAAUAAUGACUUCACAAAUACCCUCCUGAAAAAGGAACAGGACGCUAACAAGAACGCUUUAAACGAAAACAAGCAGUUAGAGAAUCAACUAAACGAAAUGAAGGGAGAACGUGAUUCUUUAAAGUCUACUUUGACAUCUACUACAUAUCAGUUGCAGUAUCUUUUAAGUGAUGUACAAAGACGCAACCAGCCUAUUCCUGCCGAACUCAAGAAUAGUGCCGACUUAUUAGGAUCCGCACAAGUGACUCCUGAACUUCCCCACGACCAACUCAUCUUUAAGGAUGUCGCAUCCCUCCAAGAUCUUAACCAGAAACUUACGUAUGAAGUUGUGACUUUAAAGCAAGAACUCCAGAAGAGGACGGAGGAAAUGACACGAGAUAAUACCCAGAAGAAUAUCGAUGUCAAAUCUUACAAAACUGCCUUAGAUGAAGCACGACAAACUGUUAUGGAUCUUUCAACUCAACAAACCAACUUGCAAAAUCGUUUGGAAAUCAUCCAAAAGGAAUGUCAGAACUAUAAAAAUUUAGUUAGCCAAAUUGGAGAUGGAGAUGCCAAGGACCACUUUGAACAAAUGAAGCAGAUUCAAUGUCGUCAAAACGAGGAGAAAGAUGUCGCCGUUCAGGAUUACACCAAAGAAGUUCGUGUAGAAGUUGCUGGACUUAGCAAAGAACUUGAGGCUGCUCGUAAUUCUGCUACUGAGGCUAAAUAUGAAUGCAGCUGCUUAAAGUCGGAACUUGAACAGGCCGUGAAGAUUCAAGCUAGUUUAAAGAGCUCGAUUGACAACCUCCGAAACGAGAAAUUGAAUUUGAUCAAUCAAAAGAGUGAUUUACAAGAAUAUUCCAGCAAUAGGGAUUCUGAAUUUGAAAUCACUAAAGGAAAGCUGAGAGACCUCGAGUAUAAGGUUCACGAUCUUGAUACGGAAAAGAUCUCCCUCGAAAGCCGGCUCGAAUCCGCCAUCACCGCCUAUAACACUAUGAAAGAUGCUGUAAAUACCGAAUCUGCUAGCAAGGUUCAUAUGACCCAUCUAUUGGAGGCCAUCAACAAUCGCAUGGAGGCAUUCAACGAGUCCUCUAAAGAGAAUGCCGAACAAAACAAGGAAACAAUUGAACACUUGAACCGUGAAUUACAGCACGCACGCGAUACAUUAGCCACAGCAGAAAAAGAACUGGAUAAUUACAAGUCAAUUGAUCAACAAGAGAUUCAGGAUAAAUACAAAGAGUCUGUUAUUGAAGUUCGCUUGCUUAAAGAGAAGAUCGCUGAUGUCGAACAACAGCUCUCCAAGGUUAACCAAGAUAGAAUUAUUGCUCAAACUAAGUUGGCCGCAGCUGAAGAGCAAAUUCAAAACUUAUCUACAUCCGAUUCACCUACCGCUGGAGAGUCCACAAGUUGUAACGACCAUAUCCACAGUUUAGCUAGUGCCGAGGAUCGUAUUCGUGUUUUGGAACAUGACAUCGAAACUUACCAUACUGUUAUAGAAAAUAAUGAAAAGAAAAUCGAGGAACUUUCCAAGGAACAUGCUGAUUAUAUCACCAAUACCCAAGUUCAUAUUGACAAGUUGGUGAAAGAACUCGAAAUCAAGACUGCCGCUGUCGGUGUUGUACAAGCUGAAGCCGAUAAAAAUGUUGCAGAGUACAAGGUCAUGCAUGAAAAGGUCCUAUCCACACAAUCUGAAUUGAUUAAGGAAAAGCGAGAAUUAGAAGCUAAGGUUGAUGCAUUGGAUACUGAAAACCUGAAUAAGGAUAAUGAUCUCAAGGCAUUGCGUCAAGCAUUAGAAGAAAAGGACGCUGCCUACUCUAGCGCAGAAACUAAAUUGGAUGCUCAGACAAAGGCAACUGAAGAAUAUCGUCAAACUAUUCAAACGCUACGUGCUGACGUUUCAAAUCUCAGUAAUGAAAUCGUGGAAUACAAGGCCAAGGCAGAUGCAUCUACUGCUACCAUCGAAAAUGUAACCGCAGAAUAUAAGCGUGAGGCUGCUCAGUGGACUGAAUUCGAAGGAAGUUUGAAGAAGAGCUUGCUUGAUUCCGAAAAGCAACGGGAAGCUUUGGCUGCUCGUGUCGAAGAACUCCUUAAUAAGCAUGCUGAAUGGCAAGUUUCAAUCGAAAAUAAUGGAAAUGUUGAUAGUACAGCUUUUGAGGGAACUGCUCAGGAAACUCUUAAACAAUUGCGCGAAGCCACGAUCACCCUUCGCAUCGAAAAAGAUGCUAACGAGAGCAAGUAUCGUUAUGAACGCGAACUUCGUGAGCGUGCUCAGUCUGAACUCUUACCUCUCAAGCAACAGUUUACCAACGUUUCAGCAGAGCUUCAAGAACUUCGUGAGCAAAAUAAGAAUUCGAGUGCCAGCCUUAAUACUUCCAUUCAACAAUAUAUCGUUCAAUGCAACGCAUUCCAAGCACAGAACUUGGUCUAUUUCCAAGAGAAUACGGCUUUGAAGCAACAGCAAGAACGAGCUUUGUCCGAAUUACAAAAGAAACAAGAAGAGAUAUCACCUUUACUUUCUGAAAUCGGAGCUUUAAAGGGACAGCUUGACAUCGCUCAAAAAGAAAUUGAAAUUCUCAACAAAUCCCAAAAGGAAUGGUCUGCUCGUUCAGCACAACUGCUAUCCAAAUAUAACAAGGUAGAUCCUGCUGAGAGUGAGCGUAUUAAGACCGAAUUGAGUAAUACCAAAUCGGAAUUGGAAGAAGUCAAGACUGAGAAGGUUGCACUUGAGGAAAAGAUCAAGGAAUUGGAAGCCCUCAAGGCGAAAACUGAAUUGGAGCGUGGCUCACUUGUUGCCAAGGCAAAUGAAAGAGGCCGUCUUGCUAUGGAAUGGAAGAAGAAGUUCAACGAGGUGAGCACAAACUUAAAGGAAUACAAAACCAAAUUGGAAGAAUGCGAACAAAAGUUGAAGGUCGCCGAAACAGCUAUAGUGACUGCAAAUAACCAAAAUGCUUCCAAUAAAGAGAAGGAAGAUAUUGACGAAGAAAAGAAGAAGCUUGAGGAAUCAUUAAAAUCCAAGACCGAUGACUACUUGACUCUGGAGAAAAAAUACAACAAUAUUCUUAUCAGAGCACGAUCGCUUCAACAAGAAAGAGCCAAGAGUAACGAGGAGGUUAAAGCACUCCGUCUUAGCCAAGCAGAGUUGAAGACCAAGAUCACGACUUUGGAAGGUGAAUUAGAAGUCGCUCGUAGCACUCUGCAAGCUAACUCUGUUGAGCUUACCAGACUUAAAGCACAAAAUUCCAUGGCUUUAAACAAGAAUACACGUAUGCAAAAGGAACUUGAUGCGUUAAAGAUUCCCAAAGCAUCAGCAUUGUCGGCCGCAGCUCCUGCUUUCCAAGUGUCCUCUCCGGUAGUGUCCUCUCCGGUGGUUGACUCACCUAGUGCCACACAAACCAACAGCCCGAUCAUUUCUGAUACAAAUACUGCUUCAAAUACAUCUGAUGCCCACGCCACGCAAAAGCCUGUUGUUACGCCUGAAGUCAGUGCACAAAAGGCUGCUACUCAAGAAGCCUCUGGUUCACCAAAGAUUGCUACUUCUGAUGCCAACGUUUCACCGAAGACCGUUGUAGCUGAAGCUGUUAGCUCACCAAAGGUUGUCGCCGCUCCUUCCACGCCCGUACAAGUGAAAGUAGAAGCUCCCACUCCAUCAUCAGCACCUGAAAGCCCUGCAGCUACGACAGAAAUUGAAGAAGCCAAUGUAGCUACUCCUAUGACUGAAGCCGACGCUGAGAUUGAGGAUCUUGUUGCCACCUCAUCACCCACUGCUGAUCUCGAUGCAGACUUAAAUGAAGAAGAGGCUACGGAUGCCGAGGUGAAUGAAGAUAUUGCUGGCAAUAAUGGAGAAGUGGAAGAAACUAAAACAACAGAAACAGAAACAGCAGAACUCCCCACAGCGGAGGAAUCGGUUGUAGAAGCAAAGAUGGAGGAAGCUGACUUGGGGGUUGUAACUGGAGUGAAGCGCGCCCUCGAAGAAGAUGAGGAUGUCUCCUCACCCCAAUCUCCAACGAAGAAAGCUCACGUUGAAGAGUAACUUGUAAAUUAAAUAAAAUAAAAUAGUAUCGUUGAAAAUAGUUAAGAUUACGGGCCUGUAGAUUAAGAUGACCAUUAACCCUAUUAAUUGUAUUAAGAAAAGUUUAAAAAGUGAGAAUUUGGCAUGAGAAAGUUGUG